AACGGACCCAACAACGUACGUUCCUCUACGUACUUAAAAGAUGGCAGAGGCAGUGAGUGUGGGAAGUAAUGUGUUUACGAUAGGAAAUUCUAGAUUUGAAAUGUAGAAACGUUUGCGAGCCUCGCACUUUAUGUCGAUUAAAGUUGUGCCAGGACAGUUAGGAGAGGAUGUGAGGAAGAACUCGGUUUAGCGGUAGACGCGGAGUUUGAAGCUUAAAGCUGCAGCAGGUAGCGUUAGUUAUCCGACGCGGUAGCAGCUAAAAACUCAGCCUCAGCUAACUACAGUGACCUUCCGCACCUCCACAGUCUGCUCUGUACUAAUGAGCCUACUGCCCAGACCUGUUUCUGCCACUGUAACUUAGUUUAUAUCCACGCCUUAUUAUCCGAGACGACAUUUAAGGGUAGUUGCGUAGCUUUUUAAAAUAAUUCAGCUAGUUAGUUAGCUAGCUGUUUGACCACGCAUGUGACUUCUGGCAAACCCAGUUAACAUAAGCCACCUUAACUGACAGGUAGACGGCUGUCUCCUUUUAAUAAGCACUACCAAAUGUAAAAUUAGUCUAGAUGAUAGGUUUCGAAUUUGUAUGGGAGGUUGGGAAAGUGUCUGAAUAAAGCAUUAAGCUAGCUAGCUAAAGAAGGUGGCUGUGCUCAUAGUUUGUACUGUCCGUGCAUUGCGUUAGUUUCGUUGCCGUUUAUUGCUCAAAGUCAAGCACAUUCUUAUAGUGCUUCUCUGCUACUCGCUACAGGCGUUGGUGUAAUUUGUGUAUUACUCCUGAAUAACAUGAAUAGAGCUUUUUCUACUACUGUAGUUCGCUGGCUACUAUGAAAUGAGACCAUGUUUGGUAUUUCAAAGUCUGUUCCAAGCCAGACGGGCUUGUGUGGGUUAGUCUAGCAGGAUCUGGACACGACGAGGUCCAGACCUCGGAUGACCGACACCAAAGGGACUAACUUAACAGUUUCACCAGCGUUUUUCUUCUUUUUUUCUGGUUGAGUUUUCAUUAGUUGCAUAUUUUUGUCAGUAGAAUGACAUCCAGAGCUUUAAGAAAUUUACUCUGCUAUGGAAAUCCAGUUGUGACGAUUUUCAGUGGGAGCUGUUGUAGUCGCCUUUAUUUCCAUCAGACAGCUGUAUGUAAAGUUGCCUGGCAGGCUAAAUCCGGCUUCAAACCAUCAAAAGUUGCUGUUGUGACAAAGACGACAAGGUAUGAGUUCGAGCAACAGAGGUAUCUCUACGCAGGCCUGUCAGAAGAGGAUCUUAAACAGCUGCUUGCCCUGAAAGGAUCCAGCUACUGUGGGCUUUUGGAAAGACACAACAUACACACCCAAAAUGUUAGACAGAUUGUGGACAAUCUGCAAAAAGAAGGGGUCGAGGUCCAUGUGGUUAAAAGAGGGGAGUAUAAUGAAGACACCGUCAGAUGGGCGGACGCCAUUGUUUCGGCUGGAGGUGAUGGCACUAUGCUACUAGUUGCCAGUAAAGUGUUUGAUAAGAACAAACCUGUAAUAGGAGUCAAUACUGAUCCCGAAAGGUCCGAGGGCCAUUUAUGCUUGCCUGUGCGCUACACGCAUGCAUUCUCUGAAGCAUUACACAAACUCAGGAAGGGAGAGUUCAGGUGGCAGUGGCGGCAGCGGAUCCGGAUGCACUUGGAGGGCACCGGAAUCAAUCCCACUCCGGUGGAUUUGCACGAGCAGCAGCUGAGUUUGGAGCAACACAACAAGGCGCACCGCAGCUCCACCGAGUCCCAGCACAGUACAGCACAUAACAGCUACACAACACCACACCUACUCCCAGUCAGAGGACUGAACGAAAUCUUCAUUGGAGAGUCGCUCUCGUCCAGGGUGAAGUAUAAAUCCUUCAAACCCCAUCUUACCCUCUCGCUCCAUAGGGCUUCCUACUAUGAGAUCUCCAUUGAUGAUGGCCCAUGGGAGAAGCAGAAGAGCUCGGGACUCAGUAUCUGCACUGGAACCGGAUCCAAAGCCUGGUCUUAUAACAUUAAUAAACUGGUGGAGCAAGCUGUGGAGGAUGUCCUUAGAAUAGGUAAAGUCAAAACUGGUUUGGAUAUUCCUCUAAACCGGGAGGUCAUUGAGAGUGUGACCGAGGCAUACAACGAGUCACUCAUCUUCAGUCCAGAGGAGAACAGACUUUUCUUCAGUGUUAGAGAGCCCAUCGUUAACAGAGUGUUUUCCAAUAGCCGCCAAAGAGGUUUUGCAAGCAAGGUAUGUGUCCGCUCAAGGUGCUGGGAUGCUUGCAUGGUGGUAGAUGGAGGAACGUCCUUUGAGUUCAAUGACGGUGCUAUUGCAACUAUCAGCUUACACGAUGAAGACUCGCUAAAAACUGUAAUCCUUGAGGACUGAAUGAAAAGUUGCUGAACCAGGACAUUCUUUCUACUGUAUUUGACCUUAAUCACUUAUCUUUCAAGCCUGGAGCCUUGGAGAUGAAAACUGACAAGGUCAAAAACCUGUUACUGAGGCAGUAGGUUUCUCAAGCCAGGUUCUUCGUCUUUGUUAUAGAGGAAACGUUGAACUGAAAAUUUACUUUUACAGCUACAGUAAGAACAUUUUGUCUUGCAUUAUUUGAAGAGUCUUGAUGUGAAUUGACUUAUUUCUAAUUGGUUGCUUUCCUGCAGCUAUCUUUUUAAGUACUGUUGCAGUUCUUUGAGAAAUCUACUCAUAGCUGCCCCCAUUAAAGACCCUACGCAUUAAAUUGCUCAAUUUGAAUUGUACAUCCAUUUCUGUACUUCACCACUUAUUCGAGGUCAUCACCUGCUGUGCCAAUGCUGUUAAAAUUACUAGAGGUGUCAAUCAGUAUACUUUUAAAUAGUAGUGUAUGACCCCAAAAGACCAUGUGUGCUAUUGGCAGUUCAGAGCAUUAAUUGGCAUGGUUUACAAAGAACAUGCCAAAGUGUCUUUUGUUUAGAGAGAGCAACUUUUGAAUGUCUGUGGUUCUGGUUUCUCCAUUAAAAACUUUUUAAAAA